UACGGUAAUGGUACUACUGAUGAAGAAUGAGUCAGGCUAUAUGAUGCUGAUGAUACUGCCAUUUCAUCAGCACAUUUUCAUAAACAUCUCUUUAUACCUAAUCAUGAGACCGACAAUAUGAAUUUACAACGAAUUUAUGGGUUUUCCGAAAGUAGCAGGUCUUAAUGCAAGCACCCCAGUCGAUUAAGCUCAUUCGUUGGGUCAUUUAGCGCAUAUUCAAAGCGGGACUCGUUACACAUUUAUACUCAAAAACAUUCGGGUGUGUUUGGAUGCCUUGCCCGGGAACGUCACGGUAUUAUAGGCUUUCUGACUGAAAGACAGCGAAGAAUAUGGGGCUUGCCAUCCUCGGGCACUGAGAAGCAUAACCAAGAUCAUCUAAGGUAUGGAAGCUAUAUGGCUGUACCAGUUCCGGCUGAUUGUCAUUGGCGACUCGACGGUGGGGAAGUCUUGUUUGAUCAGACGCUUCACAGAAGGACGUUUUGCACAGGUGUCUGAUCCUACUGUUGGCGUGGACUUCUUCUCCCGUCUGGUAGAGAUUGAGCCAGGCAAGCGCAUCAAGCUUCAGAUCUGGGACACGGCAGGCCAAGAGAGAUUCAGAUCUAUCACAAGGGCUUAUUAUCGUAAUUCAGUGGGGGGCCUUUUGCUUUUCGACAUCACCAACAGCCGCUCCUUCCAGAAUGUCCACGAGUGGCUGGAGGAAGCGCGCAGUCACGUGCAGCCGCACAGCAUUGUCUUCAUACUGGUCGGCCACAAGUGUGACCUGGAGCAGCAGCGGCAGGUGAGCCGGCAGGAGGCCGAGAAACUGGCAGCCGCUUACGGCAUGCGCUACGUGGAGACCUCCGCGCGUGACGCCAUAAACGUAGAGAGGGCCUUCAAUGAGCUGACACGCGAUAUCUACGAUCUAGUCAAAAGUGGUGACAUCACCAUCCAGGAGGGCUGGGAGGGUGUUAAGAGUGGCUUCGUGCCCAACGUGGUGCAUUCAUCCGAGGAGGUGACCAAGAGCGACCGCCGCUGCCUCUGUUGAUCAAGUGACUUCUGUAUCAUGCACCUUCACUGCAAAACCAGUGCUGUCAUUCUCUCUUAGCUUGACAAGCCACAAAUACUCUGGUCCCCUCAAUCAAUGUUUCCUGCUUUCAUAGUUACUUCAAAAAAAGUUCCUAUUCUCCUCAAAUAAUGAGUUAAAUAUCAGCAAAUGUGAAUUUCCUGGAGCUUUGGCAAGUCUUCUUGGUCAAUCUGGCAGGACGGAACCCAGAAAACUGAGUUGUGGGAACCGUUUAAGUAAAAAAAAAACUGCAGAAACCCUGAUCCUUUGGAGCAAAGACUGAUCCAAAAGUUCACCUAGAAUUGAUGGAUCGUUUGAAGCACGUAGAGGAGGAACACACCAAUCCAAACAUCCCAUUGGACUGAAUAGCCCCUAAUGUGUUCACUUAAGAUACUCCUAAUAAUAAUACUUUUCUGUAAUUACUUUUUGAAUGACAUUCCUAGUUUUAUUCAGACAGGAUGCAUUCAAUUGAUCAAAGGUGACAGUAAAGACAUAUUACAAGUUCAGAUAUGUGUGGUACUUUCAACUUUCCAUUCAUCAAAGAAUAGGAAAUAGGUUCUUACCAUUGAUCAUUUUAAGAAAUGUUUCUUGGGCACCAAAUUUCUGAAGCACCUUGAGACACUGAAGAAUGGAGUCAUGGCUAAUUACAUUUUGAAAUAUAAUAGAGAAACUGGAAUAAUAUUUCACAAUAUUGACAAUUUACUGUAUUUUUGAUCAAAUUAAUGCAGCGCUGGUGAAAAAAUAGACUCAAACAUUCAAAAGAUUUAAAAAAAUUCUUACCAAGUCCAAUGUUUUGAAUGGUAGUUUGAAUGGACCUGUUUUCACAAAUUCAACAGUAGGGGGAGAAAUUCUGUUCCUCAUGGUCAAACCUCAUCGACGGAUGAGGAGAAAAUGACAAAUUUCGCCUGCAGAGGUCACACCAAUAAUGGGGAGAAGUCUGUUUUUCCUUCAAGGUUUUACCGUCAUGAUUGUUACAUUUUAAAUGACCCAAUAAACACGAAAUAAAAUGCAUUUUCAGUCGCUACAUUUGAAUUUCCCGCCAUUUUCUUCAUUCAAAAUGGGUCAUGAUGUUAUACACACAAUUUUUCAGAGACCACCAAUACAACUAUUUGUAAAGCACUGUUAAAUUCUGUCGGUUUUCUUUUUUUCUGGUUUUGUUCUUAAUAAUGUUCACACUUUCAUAACGUGAGGUUAGUAGCUGCUGAGAUAUAUGUUUUUUUGACUUACAGACUAAUACAAUGUCAUUUAGUCGACUGGAAUGACUAUUAACUGUGUAUUGACUGAUCUUGUGUGAGAGAUGAGACAAACUAUCAAUAAAAUGUGACAAAAGA